AUGUCGACCACGCAGUUCAAACAAUGGACGCUUGCCUCAACAUCAGGUCUAGACAGCCUACAACUAUCCAAGGGUACGCUCCCAUCGGUGCUAGGUGAGAAUGAAAUUUUGGUCAAAUUCAUGGCAGUGUCACUCAAUUACCGAGAUUGGAUCAUUUUGAACGGAAGGAACCCAUUCCCGAUAGCCAAAGACGUUGUCCCUGGUUCAGAUGGCGCUGGCGAAGUCAUUCGAGUGGGCUCACAGGUGUCUGAGUUCAAACCUGGAGAUCGCGUCGUCACGACAUUCUUCCAGAGUCAUGACUCCGGCCCCCUGUCUCUCGAAAUCAUUCAGUCGUCUCUGGGAGCACUGCAGGACGGCCCGUUUCGCGAAUACGGCAUCUAUCCGCAAUCUGGCUUGAUCCAUGCUCCUCCAAACUUAAGCUGGUCUGAAUCCAGUACGCUGAGCUGUGCGGGACUAACAGCGUGGAAUGCCUUGUCCGGGCUCCGAACGCUGCAGCCCGGGGAUACCGUCCUUAUUCAGGGAACAGGUGGAGUCAGUUGUUUUGCCCUACAGUUUGCUCGCGCCGCCGGCGCAACCGUGAUCGCCACUACAUCCUCCCAGGUCAAGGCUGAGCACUUGAAGAGGCUAGGAGCAACCCACAUUUUGAAUUAUCGAGACGAUCCGCGUUGGGGCGAGACAGCCAAGUCUCUCACGGCGAAUAACAUAGGGGUUGAUAUCGUGAUUCAGAUUGGAGGGGCUGGGUCGAUACGACAAUCCCUCUGCGCAGUGCGACUAGAGGGAGUCAUCUCCCUAGUCGGAAACCUGGGGUUUGGCGACGACGGGGACUCACCCGCCACCGUGGCAGAGAUCUCCCAGCGUCUGGCCACGGUGAAAUCCAUCGGGGUGGGACAUAAAGAGAGCUUCCGAGAAAUGAACCGAUUCAUCGAAACGCACCAGAUCACCCCUAUCCUCGAUCCGAGGCACUUUCGCUUGGAGGAUUUGAAGAACGCCUUCCAGUAUAUGGCAAGUCCAGCUCUUUGA